CUGCCGAGACGUCAGGUUCUUACAUUUGGUUUAUUGUGGUUUUGUUUGGAAUUUGUUGGUGUUCAAGAGAUAAAUGAUAAGUAAUAGCGCGUUUAUAUAAAAAUUAAAAAAGAUUUUACUUUUUUACUUAAAAAAUGCACCCAGACUUGUCACCACAUUUACAUACACCUGAAUGCAACCAACUUGUACAAGAGUUACUAAAUUGCCGCGAAGAGAAUAAAUUAACUAAAUUUCUUGGUAUUUGCAAUUCGCUUGACACAGCUUUAAAUAAGUGUCUUAAACAGGAGCGUAUAGCGCGUUCAGCAGCCAAUCGAGCCAAAUCAAAAAUAAAACUACAGGAAAUACACGAGCGUAUGCAAGCGGAUACAUCUACAUAAGAUUUAUUAUAAAAAGAAGUA